AUGAUUUCAAUAAGUACAAAUUAAGAAGGGGAGUUUGUUUUUGAUUCUAAAGAAUAGGAUUAUGUUUUAUUGGAUCUAAAUACAUUAUAAGACUAAUUAGAAUAAGGAAGAAAAAAUGAAAUUUAGGAUUUGUUACAAUAAGUUAUGAAAUCUAAUGAAUAUUAAUCAUCAACUGAAAAGGUUUAAAGUUAAAUUGAAUGGGCAUUAUAGACUGUGAAUGAGUAUCCUUCAGAAUAGUAUUAUAUAUUUUAAGAGAAUAUUAGUUAUGAGUUGGAGUAAUAAAUGGAAAAUUAGAGAUAUCCUGAAGUUCAUUCAGCUAACAAGAUUAUUGAUAUGAAUAUUGGAAAAGUAAAGGCUAGAGUUCAAUAUAUGAGUUAAUAAGAGAAAAAAAAUCUUAUGAAAGUAUACUUAUUUAAAGUAUUGAGACUAAAAGCUUAGAAAGAAGUAUGCAAUAAAUAUAUACUUGCAAAUAAAAUAAGUUUUAUAAGGAAUAAUUAUAAUAAAAAUACCAGUUGAUGUAAAAGGAAAUCAUUGAUAGAAAGAGGAAUGAAAUAUAGUAAUAAAGGUAAAAACAUUUCUAGAUAAUGCAAAGAACAAAAGGGAAAUUAGGAUAAAUGUAAAAUAUAUAUAAUAUUAAGAUUAUAAAUAAAGGUUGAAGAGAAUAAAUAAUUAAAGGAAUCAAUUCAAUUAGGUUUGUAUUAGACAAUGACAGAAUUGAGAUCAGAUAAUGUUAAAGCUUAUAGAAGAGUGAAAGUGAUGGAAUAAUAAUAAUAAGAGAAAUUGCAAUUAUUUUGGUAAACAAAAUAAGUAAUAGCAAAAACAAAUUACAAAAAGAAAGUAGAAGAUGCUUACUUAUUUAAUAUGCAAGCAUAGGAAAGAUUAUAAUAAUUAGAAUAAUAGGAAACACAAUUAAUGCAUAGAUUACGUUAGACAGAAUAAUAAUAUUAAAUGAGUUCUAUAAAAUUAGAGAAAAUAAAAUCAAAAUCAUAUAAGGAUUUGGGAAAUAUGUGGAGCUGA